CAGUGGACUGCGCAUUGUUUGAGUUCAACCGUUGUAUGUGUUGACGGAAGUUUACGAUCUGCUAAUACCUCUUAUUUCACCACAUUUACCGCAACAUCGUUUAAUAAUGUUACGUUUAUCCCUCAGAUACGUACAAGUACCGUAUGCCAUUUAGUUUGACCCGCCAAUAAUGAAUCGCGAACUUAGCUUUUAACUGGUUGCUAUGGCGACGCAAUGGCGGCGCUCGAGGAGCUCGACGCUUUGCGAAAGAAGAACAGAGAUUUGUUGGAAAAACUUAAGAAACAAAGCGAGAAACUGCAUCAAAUGAUCAUCUCCGACUCUCAGGAGGUGGACAGAAAUCUGAGCUCUGUCUGCGAAGGAUUUACCUUAAAUCGAGCGCCUUUAAAAGAGAAAAACGGAGAGCAGCCGCCGCGAGCUUCAGCUUCUACAGCGAGGAAAACAAUCCAAAUAUGCGAUGAACAGCUUCCUGCAGAUUUUGAAAACCGCACACUGGACCUACAUAAACUCACACACAGUCAAAGUUCAGAAGCGACCGCCUAUGGUACACUCCUGCAGGACACGGGGAACAGUCGCUGGACAGGACAAUGCCGAACUGUGAGACUAAUGCUGCCCAAAUCUGCAGAUCUUACAGCAGACAGUGACAUAUUGAGAGAAGCUGACAGAGCCUCGACUGCUGGACUACAGAUGGAGACUACAUCAGAUAGACGCAUGCAGCCUUUACUGGGCUAUGACUGGAUAGCAGGCCUUCUGGAUGCUGAGAGCUCUCUGGCUGAUCGUUCUGAGCAGUUUUUCAGUGAUCUCCGCAGCUUCCGUCAGGUUAACAGAGACGAGUGCAUCCACAGCUUAUUAUCAGGACUUCCAUCUGUUGCUGACCUUGCGUCUUCAACUCUUGAUAGUGAAGAGGUGCGUCCGCCUGCAGAUUCGCAUCAGUGCACUUUCUGCUACAGAGUAAACAGUCGAUUGUUUGCGGUUCCGCUGGAUGCACAGGCCGCCUGUCCAGUGUGCAAGAAGCCCAAAUCUGAACACCCUCAUACUGAAACAGAGCCUGCUUUAAUCAGAGUCAGUAUACCUCGCUCGACCCUGCUGCCAGCGCACAAAUACAAAGCCCAUCGCCGCAGCAGUUUUGAUCCGUCUGACAGCCUGGGUUUACCUUCUCACUGUUUGUCCGGCUGGUCCAAUCCUAUGCUGACCUCGGGCUCUCAGAUGAUCAGUCUGGACCUGCGGAGCUCCAUGACAAAACCUGCAGCCACAGGAGAUUCAACAUCAUCCUGUUUUCACAAUAAACCGGAUUCUUACUUGCCCAGUGGAACAAAAGGCCAGCUUUCGGACCAGUAUCAAAAUGUGUCUCGUUUACCCCGGUAUAACUUUCAGCAUUCAGAACCAAAGACAUCUGAACCGCACAGCCUCACUAAUGCUCUUUGCUGAUGUUAUUGCAGAAGUUAUGUUUCAUAUGGAGCAACACAUGAUUAUUUUGGUUUACUGAAAUGAGUUAUUGUGUUAUGAAUGAUUGUUGUUUUGUAUCUAUGACAAUAAACAGGCAUUAAUCAGUGUGUGUAUGAAUCAUACGCAUGCUGACUUCUGAGACGUUGGGGAUGGAUUGUUUUGUUUUUACGUGAAAUCUAAUUCUAUAAUUAUUUUCCUAGAAAUAAAUUAGGAGGAACAUAAAUUGUGAUGAUUAGUUUUUUUUAAAUUUCUUUUAAUAUGCAUUAAGCAAUUAAACAUCACGUGUAGCUUACAAUCUCACUGCAUACAAAUGAGUUCAAAUCAGUCAUGUCCACAUUUAAAUGCAUAUUAUUUUGUUGCAUUAUUCACUUCACAUCCACUAUAUGCAUGUGCUCAUGUAUCUAUGCACAUUAUGAAGUGCUUUAGCAUUUUCUUACUAAAAUGUAAAAGGGGAUCACUUGAUGUACCUAAAGUUCCUACACUUCAUGUUUAAAACAAAAACACUUUUGAUCCUUGAUGUUCUUGUCUUUUUUAUUAAAAGAUAUCUCAAAUAAACCAUAAAUCACCAA